AUGGCCGAAGCUGAGUUACAAUACAACCGUCGGUUGUCGGCGGACAACCAGACCGUCUCCAAAUCCGACAUAUCUCUCAAGGAGCGCUUCUUCCGCUACUUCCAGCAUGAGAUUACAGACCUACAACAAAAGAUGGACAACCUCGCCGACACAUCGCUUGUAGGUGGUGAACGCGUAGACGCAACAGACCACUGUCUGGCAGGUAUCGUGCGUUUAUCAAACGAAGUCAAAGAUGCAGCAAGCUAUAUCCCCACUUACGACCAGAGGGUAUAUGCAGAGGCAAUCAAAGCUUUGCAGGACCGACUGAGUGAGACACGUGCCGCCUUCGAGCCCCGUUCGAAGUUCAGCUUCAAGACCAAGAAGAACGCCUCUGCCAUUUCUCUGUCUGACGCCGCCACAAUGGCAGCUGCGGGUCGGCUCAGCAUCCCUGGAUAUCGUUCUCCCGGCGCCUCGUCCGUCAGUUCGUCUGCAAACCAGACACCUAACUAUCCUUCCACUCCGCUCAACGAACCGGAUAGGCAGCAAAAUCAACAGGAACGACCGGAAUGCGCACCCACCUCAUUCCCGCCCAGUGCUGUUGAUAAUUUCGCAACAAAGCCUCACUCGGACAAAGCCGGUCCUUUUGCCGCCAUAGGCGUUUCCUCUGUAUCUGUCGACGACCAUUAUGGCCUGCAUAUCAUGCUCCCAUCCUCCGGAUCGACCUCCACAGUCCCCGCUUCUAUCACCUCACUGGAACACUGCAUUGUUGACAUGUCCAUUCCCACUGCCAAUGGCAAGCCGUAUGCCAGUCUUACCGCCAAGGGUAUCAAGGAAAGCUUGCUGGUCUGCGGUCAAGUGAACGGUCCUGCCCACAUAACAGAUGUUCAGAAUACUGUCAUGGUUGUUUCAUGCCGUCAAUUCCGGAUGCACAACUGCAAAAACGUGGAUGUCUACCUCAGCUGCUCCAGUAAUCCCAUUAUCGAAGACUGCUCUGAUAUUCGAUUUGGUCGGAUUCCCAAGGCUUAUGCAUUGAACCAUGACCGCCCUGAUCAUGAAGACCGCUGGAGCCAGGUUGAAGAUUUCAAAUGGAUUAAGCCUGAACCGAGUCCUAAUUGGAGCCUACUUGAUCCCAAUGACGCAGUCCCGGAAGAGGUCUGGGCAGAGAUUGUUCCUGGCGGGCCGGGAUGGUCUCUCGAGGACAUCUUGCACGCCAUCAACCUCAUCAAAUGA